ACGGGCAUUCGACGCGACGCCAAGCUCGGACUCGGAGAAGGGGCGACGGCGCGCGCGGCGCGCCACUCUCGCGCCCGCGCCGCGGCAUCCUCGGGCCACGAUGCCCCCGUCCGCGCCGGCGCACCUCGCCGUCCUCCGCCUCCUUGACUCCGGGGACCUCGCGGCCGCGGCGCGCCUGGCGGCGGCAGGAGCGGGGCCCUCCUCCUCCUCCUCCCCGUCCCCGGUCUCCCUCGCCGCCGUGCUCCUCCGCCACCCGCCACCGCGCCUCGGCUGCUGCCUCCACGGCCGCGCGGCCCGGGCGGGCCUCCUCGCGGACCGGUACCUCGCCAACGCCCUCCUCGCCUUCUACGUCCGCCUCCCGCGCCACCUCCCGCACGCGCUCAGGGCGUUCGACGACCUGCCCCGCCGCGACGUCGUCGCGCACUCGUCGAUCCUCGCCGCGUUCCUCCGCGCGGGGAUGCCCCGCCGCGCGCUCGCCUCCCUCAGGGACAUGCUCGCCGGCGCCGACGACGACGUCUCGCCCAACGCCCACGCGCUCUCCGCCGCCGUCAAGGCCUGCGCCGUGCUCCGGGACCGCAAUGCCGGCGCGUGCCUCCACGGGAGCGUCCUCGUUCGGGGAUUCGGCGACGAUGGCGUCGUGCUAAGCUCUCUGGUCGACAUGUACGGUCAUGUGGCCGCGCCCGGUGACGCGCGGAAGGUGUUCGAGGAAAUGCGUGCACCGGACGGGAUAUGCUACACGUCGUUGAUAUCCGCAUUUGUGCGGAAUGAUUGGUUUGAGGAGGCCGUGAGGUGGUUCCGAUCUAUGCUAAUGAUGAAUGGGGUUAGGCCAGAUGGCUGCACUUUUGGUUCGAUGAUGACAGCACUGGGGAACUCGAAGAGGGGGAGUCAGGGGAGGCAGGCACAUGCUCAGGUGGUGACCCGUGGUCUGUGUGGGAAUGUGAUCGUGGAAAGCAGUACGCUGGACAUGUACGCCAAGUGUGGGUUGAUGGUGGAGGCUCGCAAGGUGUUUGACAGGAUGCAAGUUAGGAAUGAAGUUUCACGGUGCGCGCUGCUCGGAGGGUAUUGCCAGAAUGGGGAGUACGAGAAGGUCAUUGCAUUGUUCAGGGAGAUGGAUAAGGAGGACGGUGACUGGUAUAGCUUGGGGACUGUUCUGCGGGCAUGUGCUGGCCUAUCUUCAGUAAAGCCAGGUAAAGAGAUCCAUUGUCGGUUUCUGAGGAUGGCAGGGUGGAGAGAUGUGGUUGUUGAAUCUGCACUUGUGGACCUAUAUGCAAAAUGUGGCGCAGUGGACUAUGCAUAUAGUGUUUUUGAAGCAAGCACUGUCCGUAACACAAUUACUUGGAAUGCCAUGAUAGGUGGUUUCGCGCAGAAUGGCCAUGGUGAACGAGCUAUCAAUUUGUUCAAUCGGAUGGUCAGGGAAGGGCCCAGGCCUGACUAUAUCAGUUUUAUUGGUGUUCUUUUUGCCUGUAGUCAUACUGGAAUGGUUGAGCAAGGAAGAAACUACUUUAACUCUAUGUGCAAGGACUAUGGCAUUGCCCCUGGAAUUGAACACUACAAUUGUAUGGUUGACCUUUUCAGCAGAGUAGAGCUUCUUGAAGAGGCUGAAGAUUUGAUAAACAAGUCACCUUUUAGGAAUGAUUCUUCUUUGUGGGCCGAUAUCCUUGGUGCUUCUGCAACACAUUCUAACCCAGAUGUAGCAGAAAGGGUUUCAAAGAAAAUGAUGGAAUUGGAACCGCAGUAUCAUUUGAGCUACAUUCUUCUUGAAAAUGUGUACAGAACAGUAGGACGAUGGGAAGAUGCUUUAGAGAUUAGAAGGCUGAUGGAAUCGAGAAAGGUGAAAAAGGAACCUGGAAUGAGUUGGGUUGAUGCUAACAGAAGCAAACUGCAUGUAUGCAAUAGUAAUGAGGAAGUUUCGGAACUUGUAACUUCUAUUGAGAUGGAUAUUUCUUAGGACAGUCCAUAUAAUUUUCACGGUUCUGCUUAGUUUCCAAUGAGAUGGAUAGAGAAUAAGACAGCCUGUAUAGUUUUCAUGGUUUUGCUUUUCUUAGUGAUUCUGAGCUCUGAGUUAAUAUUCAUGUGCCAUUUCUGAAAUCUGAACUGCUGGGAGCCUGGAUGAAUACUAUCAUGUAUUACUCUAAGAAAAGGUCCUGCAUGAUCUGCCACUGAAAACUGACACCAGCUUGCACAGUGCAAAAUUCAUCCCAUCAAUUGGUAGGAAACAGGAAUAAUCACCUCAGAAAAAACAGUAUAAUCCAGUUUACAGCGUUGGUUAAUGCUGGUCCAACACCAUAGACUUUGUAGAUGUGGUAGGCUAGGACAGGAUGACCUCAACUACCAUGGAGAUGGAACUGUCAGACAAGCUGUCCACAACUAUUGGCUUCUUCCACGGGAUCCAUGAAACCAUCAAGGAGUUGAUAUUUGGCUCAUGGUCAACAAAAUAACCUUUUAAGGGAAAUCUGUUGUGAGCUUGACCUGAUCACAAUCCACUACCGAAUUGCUGAUAAGGAGCUUAUACUCAACAUAUUUGACUAAGGAGUAGUGGAUGAUGUUGAUAAUUUGAUAUGACACUCUCUCGUUGCGUGGCUGUGAAUCCUGUGACCAAAUGAUGUAGCACAAUAACAAGAGGAUCUGUUGGUAGUACGUACUAACAAUGACAAUGAUACUGUCUUGCAAGAUCUAGCCUUGGAAGUAUUCAUGUAAUCAUAUUCAGAUGCAGUUGGCCUUAAUGGAUUUUCCCCAAGAUCUCCGAUUGCCAUUUCCUUUUAUCUGUUGAUUGGCAUGUUGGUACUUGAAGAAACAGUGGAGACACACGUCUGGCCUACCUAUGUCAAUGAUGCUUCAUACCUUCAUCUUAGAUCUUGCCAUCUUGGUGCAGGAGUGCAUGCUUCCAUCUGUUAGACUUCUCCUAGCCGGUAUUACCAUAUGUGCUGGAUUGAUUGAUCUUAGGCGCGCCACGAGGAAAUUCCAUCUGCCAGAAUUGGAUGAAGCGGAGUCAAACCGAUCUUGAUCUGAGGCCAUGCUGUUGUGCUGGUGGAUGAACCGACACUUCCACAGCAAUCAGCAGUCGCAUUGCAUUUGCACGCAUUUAAGUACAUGUAGCUAUGAAUUUGAGACCUUGAAGCUUUGUUUAACAUGUGCGGGCAGACAUUGCAUCAGAGUAAAAAAAUAAUGCUCCUAAAGUAUUUUACCUCUGACCCUUUUUGCACAGAUUAAAAAAAUUCUUCACUGUAGUACGAAUAAAAUACUGCGGUUAAUUAGGCUUU